AUUAAUAGCAAGUUUUUUUCUCAUCACACAAGAGGGCAUUUCAAGAAACACCAUUGGUGAAACUCCGUUGAAAUCUCCGCUCCUUUUAUCUACUUUUAUUUUUUCUUACUUUACUCUCUUCAAUUUGCAGAAAAAUCCCUCUUCAUCGCAUUAUCAAUCUUCACUCUGCAGGGAUAAAAAAAGUUAAAAUGGAGUGACUUAAGAAACAAUUAUCCACAAAGGCAGAAACUUUUUUGAACAUGGCAGUCUCCACUGAAUUUAAUUCGAUAACAUUGCACAAAGGAGUAUGUCGUAUAGUAAUCAAAUAACUGAUUCAGAAGCGGAACAAAGAAGCCAAGAUGUUCAACCGGAGCCUUAUGCUUUCUACAGGAGCUUAGCAACCUUUCCGCAGCCUAAUGUCCAUGCGAUAUUACCAGCUCCUGGAAAUGCUGGUAAUUUCUAUUUGCACCAUCCACAGUACCAUCAAGAAGGUGCAUUAGUUUAUGGAAAGUUGCAGUAUGACGGGGUUCAAUAUCAGCAUCCUGCCACCAAUCUUGACCCAGCCAUUGCUUCAUCGUCAAAUCACUAUAACCAUUACAUGGCUGCUCCAUCCACUCCUAGAGAUUUCCCCAUUCCAGUAAACCACGGGCAACAUGAGCAGCUUCCAUUUGCAAGCACUCAAGGCAACCUUGGAGUUAAUGAAGGCAAUUAUGGAAGGAACAAUCCUUAUGUAGAUGGUGUUGGAGGCUCGUUUAAGAGAAAGAAUGCUGAAGGGAUCCCUGUGAACUUUCAGUAUCAACAUGCUUUGGUAGGCUCCAGCUUUCCUCUUGCCUCAAUGAAUGCUGCGUCCUUUGUACCACCUGAAUACAGAGGGAAUGGCUCAUUAUCAUUCACCGAGGAUGGAGCACCGAGAGGUAUGAACAAUCAUCAGCUUCAAGGGAACUAUGUCGGCCAAGCCUGUGAAUUUCCUGGCAAUUUUUGGUCAGGCUUGCAGUUCAACAGCAGUGCUAGGGAGAGUGAAACAUGGGCCUGGAAUCAUAGUGCUCGUCUACCUUAUCUACCUGGUGAUACUCAAGGCUGUGAAGAUGGUGGAAAUAUCAGCGUGCGAGGAUAUCAAGUAACAAACGGAAAUGGAGGUUUGACUAGUUUUAUAUAUCCAUCCAUUCCUCAAGGGCACCCAAACCUUCGUCAUCUACCACCACAUAUUCAAGGAGUGAGACCCCAAUUUAUCACUCUCCCUCCUCAGAUGACUGCUUCUUCACACAGACACCUACCAAGUAGCUCGUUUGACAGCACUAUCAAUCCAUUUGCCCUUGUAGAGGCAGGGUCUAGAUAUAUUAGACCAUUCCCACCGACUGCCUUUAGAUUGUACAGACCUCAGCGAGGGGAAUUCAUGCUUGGAACAAAUACUAGACUUCACAACCUACCUAACAUGAGAGUUCUUCCGGAGGAUGGUGUGGCAAUGCUGGAUAUUCCUGGCUAUCAUGAAGUGCGUGAUUCUGUUGAUCAGCACAGGGAGAUGCGUAUGGACGUAGAUCACAUGUCUUAUGAGGAGCUUCUUGCAUUGGGAGAGCAGAUUGGCACUGCAAAAACUGGGUUAUCGGAGGAGGUUAUUGUUGGCCAUUUGAAAACAAGAUCAUUUUCAUCCACGGAAAUUCCUUGCAAUUUGGAAAAUGCUGCAUGUUUAGAUCACAAGACUGAUUUUUGUGUCAUUUGCCAGUCUGAUUACAAGGACCAAGAGAACGUGGGAACUCUUGAUUGUGGGCAUGAAUAUCAUGCAGAGUGCGUAACAAAUUGGUUGAUUCUGAAGAACAAUUGUCCCAUUUGCAAGUCCACAGCCUUGUGCGCAGAAGCAAAGGAUUCCUGAAAAUAGGCGAUAUAUGAUCACCUGAAUGAACUAAAGAGCAAACAUUCUGAAUCUGUUGCUAAAUAUUUAUUCUCCGAUGAGUAGGAAACGUUACUGAAACUGUACAAAUGUACUGUAUUUUUGUAUAUAUAUUCGGCAUGAUAUGACUGACUGUCAACAUGUCCAAAAAACAACCUGUUGACCUUAUCUAUGUCAUGUGAAGUUGUACAGAAACUUGUAGUUUUUUUUUGGUCUGUCUCCUGUAGUUGUACUUACUACAGACCUCUUAAUGGGCAUUUUAUCCCCUUUCAGACAAUUACUCUUUGGUUAU